CACAAAUCGCCUUAGACUUUUAGAGCAAGUGAACUUAUUACAUCAGUGCGUACUACGUGUCCUUAAUGAACGGACACGCGCGUCCCGAGUAUUAAUCGAUGACUAAAAAACAACUAAACUUUAAAAACUUCAUAAAAGUUAUUUUUUAUUGUUAUAAGUGCAAAAAACAAUCAAAAACAAAUGUGUUGUUAAAAUAAUCAAUUAUUUAUAGCUAUAAAGUGCCCACAAUGAAAAUGGAGUUAAUGACUAUAAUGAAGUUAGGAUACGCGAUUGUAAUCGUAACUAUUUUCCUGAUGAUCCUAACUUCAAGUUACGCAAAAGAAGUAGACGACGUAAGAUAUCCGCCAUGUUACUUUAACCCUCUGUGCAGUUGUUCGAAAGCCAUACCAGAUCUUGGUAUAGUGCGCUGUAAAGAUAUCCCUUUACCGUCUAUUCCACAAACAAUCAACACCUCCAAAGUGUUUAUGCUUCAUUUGGAAAAUAACGGUCUACGAUAUUUUGAACCAUUUUUCCUUCAAAGUACAGGGUUGUAUAAAUUGACGGUGAAACGUAAUCCUUUACCGCAUAUACCGGACGAAACCUUUCUGGGUCUAGAGCGGUCGUUGUGGGAGUUGGAUUUGAGUCAUAACCAACUAACGAAAGUCCCCAAUCGAGCUUUGAGAUACCUACAAAAGUUACGCGUAUUAGAUCUUACCAAUAAUGAUAUCGGUGAUAUCUCACCUGAUAACUGGCGAGGUCUUGAAAACUCUCUGGAAACACUUAUCUUAGCUGACAAUUCCAUUAACCAUCUACCAACUGAUGCAUUCGGAGGUCUUCCAUUGUUGGAUACCAUUGAUUUACGUGGAAAUAACCUCCGAAAAAUAGAUCCUGCUGUGUUUCGUGAUGGUAUGGGUAAACUGGCACACCUUUUGCUAGGUGACAAUCAACUCACAGCCAUACCAUAUCAAGCAGUGCAGAUUUUGAAGUCCCUGAAAACUCUAGACUUGUCUUAUAAUGAUAUCAACAAAAUGCAACCGGAAGUCAACGGAGACAAUCAUAACCAACAAUUUAAUUUCAUGCUUUCUUUGGAUACGCUCCGGCUGGAUUACAAUCAGCUUGAAAUUUUAACACCAGCCUCUUUUCAAUAUUUUGAUGUGUUAAACAAGACAUACCUAGAUGGUAAUCCAAUUGAAGAAGUUGAAGAUAAUGCUUUCCGACAAGCAAAAAUUAGAGAAUUGUAUUUAAGAUCCUGUGGUCUAAGUGAAAUAUCACCGAUGGCUUUCGAUGGUCUGGAGAAUUACCUUCAAUACUUGGAUCUUUCCGGGAAUAAUAUUACCAUGAUGCCUCAUGAUAUCUUUCAUCGUAUGAAUAAUAUCCGUAUGUUAAGUGUGGGAGAUAAUUUGUUACAGAAUUACAACCCAAUGGAAUUGUUUAAUGGAUUUCAAUUCACUUUAUACCGAUUGGAUUUAUCUGGGUCUCAGAAUAGUCCUGUUAAUAUUCAGGAUUUGAGGCGUUUGAGGAAUUUAAGAUUUUUGUCAUUAUCUAAACUUUCUAAAAGUACUUUGAGUCCGGAGGAUUUUAUGGAGUUUGGAAUGGACUUGGAGGAGUUGCAGAUUAAUUACGCUGGAUUACAAACUGUCAAAAAUAAUGCUUUUCAGUUUGUGCAUGGAAUCAAGAAGUUGGAUUUUAAUGAAAAUAGUAUUUCUUCUAUUGAACGGGAAGCAUUUACAGAUAUUGGACAUUCUUUGGUAUCACUACAACUAUCACAUGCUUUUUCACAUUCAGUAGCGAAUCUACCUUCGGAAUGUUUUCGCCCUUUGCAGAAUUUAGAAGAAUUGAACUUAAGUAAUAAUAAAAUUCGGAGCAUGCCUGAUACAAGUUUUCAUUUCUUGAAAAAACUGAGAAGAUUAGAGUUGCAGGAUAAUAAUAUAGAUGAAGUUCACAAAGGAACUUUCCAGGGUGAUAUACACUCAAUGUUAGAAAGCGUCUACCUCUCCUUCAACGUCAUCCGCUCUCUUCAACAACACACAUUCGUUGACCUUACAAGUUUAGAACAACUCCACCUAGAUGACAAUAUGAUCCAGAACAUAGAACGUCGUGCAUUCAUGAAUUUAGAAAACAUCAAACGCCUAAAUCUAAAAGGAAACAAAAUCAACACAAUUUCUUAUGAAGCCUUCCAAAACCUACCAGAAUUGGAAGACCUUGACUUAUCUUACAAUGAAUUAAACAAUUUUGACUUUAGUAUGUUUGACCAAGUUGGUACACUGGCAAUGUUCAGCGUGAAUGUGAGCCACAACAAAAUCGCUGAUUUGAUUGUUGGAAGUCCCACUUCGUCAUUUGAUGGUAAUCUAGGUGCCAUUGGAACUCACUCAAAUAUAAAAAUUCUGGAUAUGUCUUACAAUAAUAUUACUGUCAUCAGUAAAAACUACUUUAAACCAGCCAUGUUGUCAUUGACACAUCUUUACUUAAGCCACAAUACGUUGUAUAAUGCUACCAAGGAUAUUUUUGGUAAUCUACCGCAUUUGCAAUACUUGGAUUUGAGUCAUAAUCGAUUAUUUGAGAUUGAUUUUGAUACUUUUAGAAACACAAAGAGAUUACAGGUGUUUUACAUGUCGCAUAAUUUCGUACCCGAGUUACCAAACGAUUUAUUCAAAUUUUUGUUGAAUUUACGCGUUGUGGACUUUUCACACAAUCGUUUUCGCUUUCUACCGGAUAAUCUAUUCAAGGACGAAGGGUUAGAAUGGUUGGAUCUGUCAAAUAAUCAAAUUAACCGUCUACCCUUAACAAGUAUGGUACCACAAGCGGCUGCUACAUUAGGAUAUUUAGAUUUAUCCUGGAAUGGUAUUUCAUCUGUAGCUUCCGGUGGGAUGUUUGAAAGAUUUAAGAGAUUAUCCCGAUUGGAUUUGUCUUAUAAUCGUUUGGUACAAGUUGACAUUGCAGCUUUUGGCAUGCUGCAACGAUUAUCUAGUUUGGAUCUGAGUCACAAUGCACAAUUGGUCUUGGAACGCAAUGGAAGAAGCUUUGAAGGUGUCUCAGAUUCUUUACUUGAACUAGGAUUGGAUAAUGUAUCAUUAACUUAUAUACCUGAAUUGCCACUUCCCAACCUUCUUUCACUUUCAUUGGCGUUUAACUCGUUGCCUACUGUGCCGCCGGAGAUGGCCGGCAACAUGAGCUACCUGCGUUCCCUAAACCUGGACUUCAAUGACCUGACUGCUGUCCCGAUUGUGACGCACUCGUUGACGAAUCUUAGACGUUUAUCCCUCGCUGGUAAUCCAAUCACGUCGUUGACGAACACGUCGCUUUUGGGUGUCGCCGAACAUUUGGAGCAGUUGGAUAUCAGAGGGUUUGAUUUAAACACGUUUGAAAAUGGAGUUUUGUGUAAAAUGUACGCAUUGCAAACUUUAAAGAUGGGAUCUUAUCAUAAUGUGAAAAAUUUCAAUAUUCCAAGGGUUUUGAAGAAAAAUUCAGGUUUAAGACAUCUUGAAAUACAAGUUGAUCAUGAAACUUCGCUGCAAAAAGAAAUGGAUGGUCAAAUGCCACCUAAAAUGAGAAAUAUUACUUUUUCAGGCGUCGGAUUGAUUACUUUUACCAGUGAUUUAUUACAAGGAAUUCGAAGUCCAACAUUACAUUUUGCACUCAGAAACACAAGUUUAGGAAGGGUCCAAGCAGACAUUUUUCAAAACAUGCCCAGAGUACGAAAUAUCACUGUUGAAUUAAACUACAACUGGCAAUUACAACAUUUUGAGAAUCCUUCAACAGCCAGCAGACCAAAUCAACCACGACGAUCUUUUCUCAAAGAUAUUUCAAUGCAUGAAAAUAAAUUAUCAUGCGAUUGUCAAUUAGGAUGGAUUGAAGUUUGGCAAAGAAAACGUCGUCAAUAUCUCUGUACUCGUAACCCAACACGUCUAUCAUCAUUCAACGAAUACGACUAUUUCUGUAGACACGCAAACGAUGACCUGAGACGGUCGCCAUGUUCAAACAAAAACAACGCCAGCAUGAUUGAGGUUAUGAAGAACGAAGUGGAGUGCGGUUGGAGUGGAGCUGCCAAUAUUUAUACCAAUCUUACUCUGCUUUCUUCAAUUAUUAUUCUCAUCAUAACAACGAUUUUAAAAUGAAUUAGGUUUUAAUUUUUGGUGAAAAUUUUGGGUAAUUUGCAAUAUGAAUUCAUUCAUAAUCAUCUAUAAUAUAAAAAUAAUUCGAAAAAUCUGUUGGUAAGCGCAUAACUUAACAACGCCUAGACCAAUUUGGCCAAUUAUUUUUUUUAAAUGUUUGUUAAAGUCCAAAGAUGGUUUUUACAGCAAAAAAAUUCAAAUAAUUGCUGGGAAAACCCUAAAGACAUUGAGAUUCAAUCAUAUGCGUUGAAGUGCAUUAUUAGCUAUUCUUUAUAUAAUUAAUUUCUUUUAAAUAAAAUUGUGAAUUUUAUUGAUAGAAUUGACACAUACUAUGUCUAGAAUAAGAGAGUAAAAACAAAUUACAUUUUUAUUAAACACUACCGUGACGAAAGCUAGUAUUCAAUAAUCAUUAAAUUCAUAAUCAAAGAAAUCGUUAGUUUUAGGUUUCAAUGAUAGACGUAAUUAUUAUUAAUAUUUAUUUAUAAUACAUCGAUAUAAUAUGUAUUUCCCUGAGCAACUCUACAUGAUUUAUAUGCGUUUAGCGUUGUUUACGAAGACUCUCGAUUUCAUCACGCAAAUCGACUAUAUAACUAAAACGAUAAACGAAGAAAUCCUCCAAGUCGUUAACAAGAUUACCGUAGACUUAAGUUACAACUAGAUAUUUACAAAUAUACAAUAAUAUAAUAUAUUAUGAUGCUACUAAACACCUAAAACUGAUAUAAAUUAAAUAAUUAAAUAGAUAUUAAAUAAUACAAUAGCAUGUAUCACUAAACUUUUCAACUAAUGUAUCAAUAAGUUAUGAUUAUCGCUGUAAACUGUAAACUUUUGUUAUUAAUUUACUUUUGUUUUAUGAGUUUUCAACCAAGAAUAGCACACGUUUUAGGAAUUUUUAAGUUUCACAUAAGUUUCUAUAAAGUAUCCGUCACUAAAUAAUUUAUUAGUAGUA